UACUCUUGUUUAUUUUUCAGAUGUUUAUUAUGGAGGGGAAGCACUGUCAGUGGACCAGCCACAGAGUUUAACUUGUCCGUUUUGUGGCAAAAUGGGGUAUACAGAAACAUCGCUUCAGGACCAUGUCACCGUGGACCAUCCAGACACUGCAUAUGAAGUGGUGUGUCCAAUAUGUGCAUCUGUGCCUGGAGGAGACCCUAAUCAUGUUACAGAUGAUUUUGCAGCUCAUCUGACUUUAGAUCAUCGAUCCGGAGCUCCCAGAGAUCUUGAUGAGCCUUCUGGGUCGCGUCAUGGAGUACGAAGAAUACCUCACCAGGGACGUGGUAUUGGCAGGGGUGUAGCUAGGCGAAAUAUGACUUUUGGGAGUGUUAGCAGUGGUCUGUUCUCGCCCUCAUCACGUGAAUCGAUGGAUCCCAUAGCCGAGUUACUGUCUCAACUGUCAGGAGUGCGUCGAGCCACGGCAAGUGACAACAACUCUGCUGCCUCUCAACUGCAGCAGUUGCAGAUUCAGUUAGAGCGGCAGCAGGUAGCCGGCCAACCAACCAGCCAGGCUGCAGGAUUACGACAACAACUUGAACGAUUACCUAGAAGAGGUGGUAGUAGCAGCAGUAGUGGCAUUGGAAGUGGAGCAGGUGGCAGUGGUGGAAAUAGUGGAGGGGGAAGUGGUGGGGGUGGCAAUGCUGCUAGUGGGUCAGGUGGUGGUAGUGGAAGCCACAGUGGUGUUAUGGUCAAUCUUAGUUCAAGCAGCACUCCGAAUGUUGUAGCAGCUCAUCAUCAACCACCACCUCUACUAGUACAUGCAAGUUCGCACUCUCAACCUCAGUCACAAUACCUCCUGGCAAGGCAAGUUGACACGGAGAGUGAGGCGGACACAGGUAGUUGUAGCAACGACAGGGCAGGAUUUGUCCAAGAACUGUUAAUCUCCACGUUAAGUGACUUUGGCCUCAGUACCACUGCACUCGAAGGAGGAAAUCUUCUACCAUCAUCGAGUGUGAAGGGAAGUGGUGGAGUAGAUCCCAAGAAGGACAUUUCUAAAGGAGACAGUGACAAACCAGUGGUAUCGUCAGAUGUUGCAACACAAACCUCUACUAGUACCCAACAGACAUCAAACACAACUACCACAACAUCAACCACUCAGACCAACAUGCAGCACCAAUCCAUGCCUCAGUCCAAAACAUCUAAUACUAUGAAAUCUGUAAAGGGGGCCAAAGGUGUUGUCGUCGGUCGAUCUAGUCCAGGAAGCCAACAGCAGCAGCAGCAACAACCGCAGCAGCAGUCAAACGGGGGAGGGGUGGUAUCUCGGCCAUUAACGGGGACGGGAACGGUGGCCGUAUCUCCUGUGGGGGGCCCCGGGAGGGGCCGAGCAUCAGGGGGAGCAGUCUCCCCGGGUGCAGCCCGCAGGAAACUGGUGCGGGGGGUAGAAGGCCGUGCUACAGAGCCUCCUCCACCCCACUAGUACCGAGAGAGUGUUCUAGUCCAGCACCAGAAGGUUUUCCCCAUGCCCAUGCCAACGAACCCUGCCCCUGCCAUUCUUGUCCCUGCCACCCUUGUACCUGCCUAUAGCCAACUCCACCAAAGAAUGAAGUAAGUUAAAAAGGAAGGAGAUAGGCAGGGCCAAAAUUGAAGAGAAAAGUGUUUCUUCUUCACCUAAGUCACUCUUAUACCCUGGCCUCUAGGGUAUGAAGUGUAUUGGUUGUUUUAAUUGGAUGUUCAUAAAAAAGAAAUCUGUGGCAAUGUAUGUGGGGAUGUCUUUACCCACAUGUGGUCUAUGUGACAGAAUCAGCAAAGAAUUGAGCAGGUAGGCUAGGCAGACUGGCAAAAUGUAAAUGCCUAGGGGUCCCCACUGGUGCCAAGAGGAAAUAAAGUGUACAUAGCGCAUGCUAUUCAAGCACGCCAGAUAGCUGUGUAUAAAUAUGUUCAGGCCUUCAUAAUAACUGCAUAGCUUUACCCUAACCUUUCAUAAAAAUCACAUUGGCAUUGCCCUAGGUACUGUUUCCUUCCCCCACCCCACCCCACCCCACCCACUCAACCACCUACCCAUUCCCAUUCAGCCCCUUCCUGAAAUUCUUGUCUCCUUUUUCCUUGAUAACCAGAAUCACUCAUCAUUAGUUCCUUUAUAAUUCAAAUUAAUUAUUGUUUGAUUUUUUAAAUGUGGUUUUGCUGAUAAAAUAGAUUUUAAAGAUUUUUGCCCAAAUAGUGUUUGAGAUAUGAGGAUAUUUACAAAUUUGUAUUUUUUGUUGCAAAUGUUAUAAAGGUAAGUAAUUAUUAUUGUCAUCAUUAUUAUUAUUCUUGUUUUAGAGCUUCACUUUGCUUUCUUAUCAUGAUAAUGAAUCACUUGAACUGCAGCCUAGUGUGAGAUGAAACAAAAAGACACUGGGAUUUGUCAUCAGUGUCCUUGUUGUGAAGUGAUUUCUGGGAAGCCUUUGUUUGUGUUGAAAGCCUCUCCAGAAAUUUUAUUGAAGGAAAAUGAAAGAAGAGCCAGCGUGCAGAUGAAAGUGACAGACUUCAUGUUUUGCAGUUUAGGAGCACUAGUUAGUACUGUGGUUAACACUUUUCAAAUAAUUUUUUUCAAUACCAUGGCUAACACAGUAAAAUGUGUCUUAAUUUCUCCUUAUAAUUUGAUAAGGAUAAUGGUGGGUUAUGCAUUAUACUAGUACAGCUCAGUAAAUUUGGUGGGUGUGUAUUCAAGAGUUAAAGUAAAUUAUAUUUAUUGCUGGCAGAAGCUACAGAAUUUCUGUAGAAUUUGGUGGUUUUAGUCUCAUGCUAGGCUGUACAGUGACAUCUUAGCACACCUGACAGAACCUUAAAAGAUUGAAGAGGAUAGAGAAAUGCAUUUUUUCUCUUUAUAAAAUCAUUGCAGCAGCAUCAGAAGUACUGGGAUGAGUUAGAGGCAAUAUUUACCAUUUUGGGAAUGUUUCUGGAAUCCAAGUUGUAUAUUAACUCAUCUUCUAUUUAUUAUUUUCUGUUAAUAUAUAUAUUUAUAUUUUUUUGGUGAAGAUCAGCAAUUUGGUGAAAUUUGGCAAACCUCACAAGCUUAACUUUGCAUUUGGGAAUUUAUUGGGGAGACCUGUCUUGUUAGCAAGAUGCCUUGUACUACCAUAUAGUUGAGAAAGUACAUUGUGUGCAUCCAGUGAUGAAAUCAGAGCUUGUCAUAUUCAGUGUUUUUUUUUAUGUUGCGUACUGUUUAAUUAUGAUGCCAAGAAAGUAGAAUAAUAUAGAUAUAAAAGUACCAAUAAAUGUAUACUUACAAACAUAACGCUCAAGUGCAGAUAACUUUUAAGUCAGGCUUUAAGCUUAAGUACUCCUUCGUACUUGUGCAGUGUACAGGAGGAUCCAGUUCAGUUUUCAGAUUGAUUUCAGUUUGAUAAACGAGGAACAUAAUUUCUGAAACAUUUAUAUAGGUUUUGUGAAAAACAAAAGUUGUAAAUUUAACCUUAUACAAGAAGACCCAAAGGCAUUUGGAGCAUUAAAUCAUUUCCAGAAUAAAAAAUCUUCAGUUUUUUAUCAUUUGUAUAGAUGCAACUGUAAUGUAGCCAGUUUCCUCUAGCUGUAAAGCAGUUUGUGUUGGGUUAAAGUAAGAAAUAUGUGUAAGGGGGGCCUGCAUGUUGACAAACUAACAUAUUUAGAGUUACCACCCAAGAAAAGCUGCAACAAAUGUUAGUUGAAGUCCUAGGAAGGAAUGUAACAAGGGUUGGCUAUUUGCCAUAACUUCAUAAAAACAGCUCAUGACCUGUUGAUGUUAUGGGUAUCAACAAGACUUGCCACAUAAGACAUCUUUUUAAUCCUCCUGAGCCAGGUAGGUGUACAAGGCUGAAUGUGCCUUGACACAAAUCAUUGAACUGACUUUUACCUGUAAGCCUUAAUGUGAAAACAGAAUGGGAUCUACACAGUUGUUUAUUAAUUUUUGUUGUAGCCACUCUUCAAUUUUUUCACUGAGCCCUAUUUGGCAACGAGUGAACUGUUUCUUCAAUCUGAAUAAGAAUAAUUUUUUGUAUGUAAUGUAAAUUUGAUUAUUCUUGUUAUCUUGGAAUUUUUUUUGUAAAUCAAAUUCUGAACCUCUUUGGGUUAUGCCAAGGGAUCACUGAUGUUCUUGGUAUACUUGAGGUAUCUAGUUAGUGUCUACUUUGUAUGCUCAUGCUAUCGUUUCAACUAAUCAUUUCUCCUGUAGAUAUGCUUUUUUGUUAGGGGUAAUGUUCCCUCCAGUUUGUCAUCAUCAUGGUCAACUGUUGUGAAUGUUUUAUUAUCUGAUCCUCUUUGCCUAUGGGCAAAAAAGUAAGCAUGUAAGGUACUGGCUUAAACUGAGACAUUUCUCAGAACCCCUCAC